AUGGCCUUAAGAACGGUCGCAACUCUGAAAUUCGUGGGAUCUAUCUCACUGGGCCUCCUCACCGGCCUCUCAUACACCCUCAGUACUCUCACUCUUCCAACUCUCCUCACCCUCCCCUCCGCCACGAGCGCGUCGCGCGCCUUCGCAGACCUCGCCACCGUCUCCCUAACGCAUGUACGGGCUCUCGCCGGAAUCUCCAGCUCGUCAUUCUUGCUCGCCUAUUUCCUGUCUCCUCGCAAUCAAAAGCACCCUUAUCUCCUCUGGACGACAGCCUUCGUUGCUUCCUCGGGAUUUAUGGACUUGAUCCUGCGGCCUUCCUCUACCAAAGCUAUCGCCGACAGCCGGACAGCUCAGAAGACAGGCGAGAAGAAGGGGAAGGCCAGACAGAUGGAUGCGAGCUAUGAGGUGCUGGGACAUGAUAGUAACAGCGAGGGGACGGUAAGCGGAGAGGAAAUGGAGGAGGAGGUGAACGGUGAGGAGGUCAGGGGACAGAUGGAGAGCUUCAUGACGAGCCAGAUUGCGAGGACGGUUGUUGCUUCAGUGGGAUUUGCGAUGAGUGUUAUUGGCAUCUGGGGCGAUGGGGCGACGGAAAUGGUUUUCAUCGAGAUGUGA